AAGGACCAAGCAACCUUCGAUCGAUGGGUAUUCGUUUACCGUUUAUGGUUAAUGCAAAACACACCUCGUUGAAGUCGAACAAUGUUCCAAAGGGUCACGUUGCAGUUUACGUGGGAGAUGUCGAAAAGAAGAGGUUCGUGGUGCCGAUAUCGUAUUUGAAGCACCCUUUGUUUCUUGAUUUGCUGAACCGAGCAGAAGAAGAGUUUGGGUUCAACCAUCCCAUGGGAGGCCUCACAAUUCCUUGCAAGGAAGAAGCUUUCGUCAAUCUCACUUCUCAAAUGCGUGCUUUCUGAGACAGACAUACCAUUGUUACGUACUACGUAGUACUACCAUAUAUUAGUUGACUGCAUUUUAACUCACUCACCAUUGUUACUGUUAUUAUGAGAUUGUGUUCAAACUUAUGAGUUAACUCUGUCUGGAGAAUCAAAAUUGAUGGCCUAUGGCCUUGCCAAU